AUGUGGGUAAGAGGUCUAAGGUACCAAAUCAAUUACUUCAAUGGCCAACAAUUUGUAGUUGAUUUGGGUGAUUCAACCUGUUCAUGCAGAAAGUCGGAUCUAACUGGCAUACCAUGUUGUCAUGCCAUUUCAGCCAUAUAUGACAAACAUGAGCAACCUGAAGAUUAUGUGGCUCAUUGGUAUAAGAAGGAGAUAUACUUGGCUAGUUAUAAGCCAAUGAUAUACCCAAUAAAUGGUUCUGAAAUGUGGCCAAAGUCUGUGUUGCCUGGAUUAUUGCCUCCAAAAGUGAAGAAGCAACCUGGUAGGCCAAGAAAGUUGAGAAAAAUGCAAGCAAAUGAGCCUAAGAAUCCUUAUAAGAUGCACAGAGAAAACACAACAACUACAUACAGCUUGUGUAGUAAGCUUGGACACAACAAAAGAGGAUGCAAAGGCCAGCCUAUUGCACCAAAGGUAACAAACAACCAGUCAAGUACCCAAAGAAGUAGUCAAGCACACAGUAGUCAACCAAGAGACCAAGCAACCACUGAAGCCAGUAGUCAAUAA